CCCGCGGAUCGCAAAAAGUUUUCAAGUGACAUCAACUCAAAUAUUGCUAAAGAUCAUACUAAUAUCAAAAAAUUCGCAGACAAGGAAGCGUACAGAAAACAAGCAGAUUUGCCCAGAAGAAGAGCACCUUCACCUCCCUCAGAGACAGUACACGCUACUUUGGUUCAUGUCGGUGAAGGAGUGGAAGAGAAGGCGUACAGUGGUGGUAAGAUAAAUAGGGAACUCGACUUGAAGCAUCAAAUCAUCUACAGUGACGAUGAGAAACAGCAAUUCUCCACCCAAGAGAAUAGAGCGGUCGAAAACUUUUACAAUGCAAAGCCUAUUCCAUCUCCAACAUUCCAACGUCUUCAACAUCAGUACACUCCCGAAGAUGUCAGAAUUACUAAAAAUGACAGAAGUGACGAGAAACAGAGAUUCUUUACAGAAGAAGGCAGAAGUUUGCUCGAGAGCUACCGUAACGUAAAGUCUAUUUCAUCUCCAUCACUGCAGAGGAUUCAGUAUCAAUAUGCUCCAGAGGAUGUAAAGAGUGGAUUUUACGCUGACGGGCACAGAAAAUCUGUGGAAUCCUACCACAACGCGAAACCUAUUCCGUCUCCAACAUUUCAACGGCUGCAACAUAUCUAUACUCCAGAAGAUGUAAAGACUAGCAGAAAUGAUAGUGACGAUAACGCGCGAUGGGAAAGCAGCAAAUCUGUGGACAAAGGUAGACUUAAACUGGUAAUGAAUUAA